AAACGAUCAAAGUGUGUGUUCAGUGUUGUGCGUUGCUCAGCUGCUAACCAGUUCGUCACAAAUUUGGAUUAAAUAUUCGAUUUUCACUCAAUUCCCAUUCGUUGCACCCCGCAACAUGCAAAUAUUAUCCACGGUGCGCGCAUUCAACCUACGCAUCGAUUGUCGCACGAGUACUCAGUGAUAAAAUGCGUCAAACGUAAAACACAAGACUAGAAAGUGCGCGUUUAGGUUAAACGAUCAUUUUUUGAUUGGGAAAAGUGCGAAAAUGUCGUCGAAGGAGCUCGCUGAUGUGAGCUACAACAGCAGCAACUAUAAUAUUAUCAGGGAUAGAGAAUUAGGCAGGAAACGUAAGCUCGGCUAUGAUGACGACGUCCACAAAAAGAUCUACUCUAACUUUGAUGCCUAUGUCAGUGAUAUUCCUAUGAAUAAAGUUAACACAAAAGGUGGCAUUUUCAAUCUGGAAUUUAGUCUUGAUGGAAAAAUAUUGGUUGCUGCCUGCGAGGAUGAAUCUGUGGUGUUGUAUGAUGCAUCAAAUCAAAAAUGUGUGCAUAAAAUUGAGAAAGCACAUAGCAAUUGUGUAAAUUGUGUCAGGUUUAUAAACCACAACACUUUCUCAACAUGUUCAGAUGACAGCACAUUGAAACUCUGGGAUACACGAAGUCUGAAAAAAUGCACGCGCACUUUAUGCGGCCACACCAACUGGGUGAAGAACAUAGAAUACUGCGAGAAGGAUAAUGUCAUCGUGACUUCCGCCUUCGACGGAUCAAUCUACACCUGGGAUCUGGCGCAGAAUAAUAGCGAAUACAAUUGUUUCUAUGACAGGGUAUUCGAGAUGAACGGACUGAUGCGCACUAAACUUACAGCAGAUGGUAGCAAAUUAAUAAUUGCGACCACUACUGGUUUCCUCAUGGUUAUACAUGAUGUUGACUUGAAGACUAUGUUUAAUGACUUGAAGGCUUUUAGGCCCAAUUUAUAUAGACUUAUGCAAUUGAGUGACCAGACUUUUCCUGCAGCUACCAUGUACAAUUACCUCUUCGCUCCGAGUCGGAAGCGAAACAGGAUUGAAUUCAUCGAUGAUUUUCCGAAUGACGCUGAAGUGAUUAGUUCGAUACAAAUCCAUCCAAUGGGUUGGAAUGCUUUAUCUAGAAAUAUUUGUACUGACGAUAGUCGUGAAUGGACUUGUGUGCAUGAUAUCCAGACAAGAGAUCCCAGUGAUUAUACAUACACUGUCGUUGACGAAUCAGCUCUCCCUGAUGAAAACCUUGACGAAGAGGAGGAACCACCUCCAUCGGAUGGUUACCGCAUAACUGGUUUGUCGGAUAUCUGGGUGGGUUCAAUGUCUAAUGAGCGAUUCAACACCGAACGCAAUCGGCAGGAGAUUACUGACCUUACAAAUCGUGGUUCAUUCUUGGGUGUUAUCAACUCAGGGGUUAACUGUAGUCAUAUGUUUAACCCGUAUUUUCGACACCGGCAGGAGGACCGCUAUCGUAUUAUCAAGAAUCUGCCACGUUUAACGCACUACGUUGAAGAGGUGACCGGUUCAGGCAAGGGGUAUAUUAAAGAAUUGUGUUAUUCGACGGAUGGAAGGUUGAUUUGUUCGCCGUAUGGUAAAGGUGUGCGUUUGUUGGGUUUCAACGAGCAGUUGCAGGAAGUGUGCUAUGCAGUGCCUGACAAGCCGCGAGAGUUGUUUACUCUUGCUACGUACAAGGACUAUCACAGCAAUGUUGUACUAUGCUGUAAAUUCAAUCCACAACAUUAUCAGAUGGUCAGUGGGUGUCUAGGAGGUGAAAUUGUUUGGUAUCGCCCGAUUUUAUAAGGUGUUUUUCGAACCAGUUGAAAUGUAACUUAUAAUAUUUAAUUUAUGACUGGAAAACAAGUUUAAAAGACUGGAAUAUGAACUAUUUAAGUUGACUUUGUGCAAUGUUACUGGGCAUUCUGAGCGUCGUUUGUCAAUCAUACAUAACCACACUUCGUUUUUGGAAGAGGUUAUGCGCAACAGUGCAGAGCAAUAUUUCGUUAGUUUUUAAGCAAUUUGAGCCUUUUCAAUAGUCGCGUACGAUUCGUCAACUCCAAGUGUCUACGGAUGUCUAGCCCACGUUGGUCUACGACACUACAAUCACUUCCUUUACGUAGGAGCAACUCUAUGAUGUCGUCUUGUACUUCCAGAAUAACUGUAACAGAUGCAUACGAAUGAAACACCAAACAUAGCUGAA